UUCGUUUUAUGGAAAAACGCGUCGAAUUAGUAUAAUUUCAUCGAUUUUUAAGAAGAUGACCGUCCAUUGCACCUUUACCCAGCUCGAUAAGAGGCAAAGGAUGAAAAAAGCAGAACGCAGCGAGGCUAGUUUAGAAGUAUCGGAGUAUCAUCUUGUGAAAAGCGGAGUAACAGACAAAGAUACGAUACAUGUGAAGGAUUUGAUCAAGUCGUUGGAGCGAAAAGGGGAUCAGAGCAACCUUACCAAGAAACUUCGAUACAUUCAACAAAAAAACAAAGUUCUUUCUAAACCAUUGGAGAAACCAGCAGCUGAAAGAAUAAAAAGGACAGUUGGUUAUGACAAGGUUAAAAAGGAAUUGGAAAAAUGGGACAGUGUAGUAACCAGGAAUAGGACAGCACAACAGCUAUCCUUUCCAUUGAAACAUUUAGCACCAAUAAAAGAUUCUCGCACUUCAAAAAUUCCUGAAUUUCUAAGAGGAUUUAGUACGAAGUCUGAUUUAAUGAAGAAGUUUGAAGAGCUGGAUCCAGCAUUGUUGUAUCCUGCUGACAAAGAAGAAGAGAAAGGCAAUAAGUACAAAAUGACACUGGAAGAGGUAAUCUUGAGGAGGAAGGAAGCUGCUAGACUCAGGGCACAACAGUCAUACAAAGAGGCGAAGGCGCAUCGUCAGCGUAAGAUAAAGAGCAAGAAGUUCCACCGCAUUCAGCGUAAGGAUAAAAUCAAGCAGCAAUUAAAGGAUUUCGAAAAAUUGAAAGAUAGUAAUCCAGAGGAAGCCCUGGUAAAAUUGGCACAAUUAGACAAAACUCGUGCUGAAGAGAGAAUGUCAUUAAGGCAUAAAAACACGGGCCAGUGGGCUAGAAAUAAACAGAUUAAAGCCAAAUAUAAUAAAGAAACACGACAAAUACUUACUGAACAAUUGGCCAUUAGUAAAGAAUUGACGCAAAAAGUUAGGAGAACAGACAGUGAUGAAUCUGAGGACGACGAAGAAAAUGUAGAAGAUGUAGAAGAUAAAGAAUAUGAAGAAGAUAAAGAAGAUGAAACAUCAGUAAAUGAUAAUGAAAGCAACAUAAAAACUGAGUCCGAAAUUGAAAACUUUAUUAAGCUUUGUCGAAAAUUUUACGAUAAAAAACAGCAGACGAAAGGAGAGAAGACAGAAAAAGAUGAAACUUCGGAUGAAAUUAUGUCGGAAAAGGAAAAAGAGACAUGCCACACCGAAAAUAGUAGUACUUUACGAGUAAGUAUAAAUAUGAAAAAUAAUGUUUGCAACGAUGAGGAAAAUAGUAUUUUGCAAGCAAAUACAAAAAGUGAUACAAAAAGUAAAUCACAUGGUAAUGAGAAAAACAGUUCCUUACGAGGAAACAAACGUAAUACAAAAAGCAAAUUAUAUGGUAAUGAAACUAGUGGCACUUCAAAUGCAAGUACCAGUGAUGCAAAAAACGAAUUCUCCAGCAAUGAGAAAAGCAGCACUUCAUUAGAAAAAACAAACGAUAUAAAAGAUAGAAAUCAUAAAAAAGAAAAGAAUAAAGAAAAUUGCAAAAAUAAUAAAAAAUCUAAAUCGCAAGAUAAAAAUAAGGCAACCAAUUCCAAGGAAUUAAAGGAGGCACCAUCAAAGCGUAAAUUGAAUCUGACAAAGCAAGAAGUGAAGAAGAAAUUGAAGACAAAUCACAAGACAGCAAAUGAAGAGAAGGAGAAUGAAGAUUAUUCGCCAAGUCUUGAAUUUGAAGAUCCCAAACGGAAACCUAUUUUGGAUUCUCCAUUGGAGGAAACCACUUCUACGGAAAAUAUACAUGAGGAAAGCAAUUUGAAAAAAAUAAAUUUAAAGAAAAUAGCGAAUAUGGUACAGGAACCGGUUGGCUCUAGUAACGAAAUAGAAAUAGAUCCAAAAAAAUACGUCAAUAUAAAGCCUAAACACUUAAAGACGCAACUGCCAGAUGUAGCUACAGCCGGAGAUGAUGAUAGCGAACAGGAAGAGGAAACGUUUAGAAUAAUGAGCGAAGCAUUUGCGGACGACAAUGUAGUUGAAGAAUUUAGGAAAGAAAACGAAGAGGAGAUGAAAAAGUCGCAGCCGCAAAAUAUUGAUUUGAGUCUACCUGGAUGGGGAAGCUGGGGUGGACCGAAUAUCAAGAAGAGUAAAGCGACUCGUAAGAAGAGCCGAUUUAUACUGAAUGUUCCCAAGCAAAUGCCACGUAAAUCCGAAAAUCAGGGUGACGUCAUAGUAUUCGAACAUGAAAAUGAGAAAUUGAAGAAACACCUCGUCAAAGAGUUACCCUAUCCAUUUACUAGAGUUAAGGACUUUGAAGCGACCAUUAGAGCUCCCAUCAGUAGGACCUUCGUCCCAAUGAACGCUCAUGUGCGACUCAUUCAGCCGGUAGUAAAGACCAAACUUGGUCAAGUAAUUGAGCCGAUGGACGAGAAUGAGUUGGUGAAAGAGCAACCAAUGGUGAAAAAACCAUUAAAGCGAAUCAAGACAAAGAAUGAUAAGAAGAAGAAUACUGUAAAGAAUAAUAACAAAAAGAGAAUAACAACAAAACAGGACAAAAUAUAA